AUGUCUUCCGGCAAGGUCAAGGCUGGCCAAUUAUGGUCUAAGAACAAGGACGAGCUCACCAAGCAGCUCGGUGAGCUCAAGACGGAGUUGGGCCAGCUUCGCAUCCAGAAGAUCGUUUCUUCCGGCACCAAGCUUACCAAGAUCCACGAUCUCCGCAAGUCGAUUGCCCGCGUUCUGACCAUCAUCAACGCCAAGCAACGCGCUCAGCUCCGCCUCUUCUACAAGAACAAGAAGUACCUCCCCCUCGACCUCCGCGCCAAGCAGACUCGUGCCAUCCGCCGCCGUCUUUCUCCCGAGGACGCCUCCAGAACUCUUGAGAAGACCAAGAAGCGCCAGACUCACUUCCCCCAGCGGAAGUUCGCCGUCAAGGCUUAA